UGGCUUGGUUAAUAAUCUCAUAAACAAACUUCCAGUUGAACUACAUAUUCCUGGUUAUCAGUAUUGCGGACCUGGUACUAAAUUAGAUAAAAGGCUAAAGCGAGACGAUCCCGGAAUAAAUCCCCUAGACGCUCAGUGUAAAAAGAGCACGACAUUGGCUAUAGGAAUAACCAAGACUUUGAAGGUCGACAUCAAGCAGAUCACCUUUUAGAGCGGAAAGCUUGGGAACGGUUAAAAGCUUCCGACGCGAAGUUAGGGGAACGAGCAGCCGCCAGAAAUGGUAUGUUUUUACAGCCAGUAUCCAGUACAAAUAUUGGAGCAUAUUAUAAUUCCUGCGCCGCUACCACCGUCAAAUACUCAAACGCAGCCGCCAGAAAUGGUAGCUUUACAUCCACAAUCCGCGAUGGGUGCAUCAAUUUCCGUAAGUUUACUCAUUACUGUACCUCGGUUUAUAUGAAAAUACUUAUUCUAAUGUUACGUUACAGAAAUAAUCCAGCUCAACAACAACCAAAUUUACCACUACCUGUAAAUAACGGCGGCAACAAUCACUUUCAUGCCCCGUUGCCUAGGGGGGGAGAAGAUAUGCAAUUACUAAGAGAUUUUUAUAAAAACGUCUCUCCGCCGUCUUCAGCAGCCAUCGACCAAGAAGCGGCGCCACCACCACCACCGUCGCCAUCUGAUGGCACGAGCCGUCUACACCCCCCAAGAGCUGGCGAGGGUUAUCCAUGGGGUGUCUGAAGAAGAUGCUGACAAUUUUCCAGGCCAGACAAAGAAAUUCCCAACUCCAGACGGAGCGUUUUGAACGGGAAUUGACUGCAUCACGGCUUCAAGAUGAAAACCUGCAUCGAGAGAUGAAAUUUAUUAUACUAAUUUUUCUUUUUAAA